UGCUCAGCUUAAAUAUGAAGUUAUUUUCCAACCUUUUAUUAAAUUCCUAUUAUUUGGAUUUGUUUCUAAAUAUCAAAAAUAUUCAGUAGUACUGAGAAAAAAAUUAUUUUCAUUUUUCAUCAUAUUUUUUUCCUCAAUAAAUAUCACAAGUAUUCACGAAAUACUUCUGGUUACCUACACUUGAAACGGAUGUUUUAGAGGGCGCAGCCUACCCUUAAAUAGGGAUCAACUGAUGAACCAUAGAAUAGAGCGCAGACAUCACGUGCUUCUAAAAAUAAAUUUUAGGCGGGAAGACUCGACGACAAUGUUUUUAUUAUCAAUUAUCGUGGAAAGAUGCGAUAAUUGCGAUCCUUAUUUCAUCAACUUUCUGUAUUUUGAUUAGGGCACUAAAAUAGCUGUGAUUGAUUAAUAGGUACUGACAUGUUAGUUUGAAUUAUGGAUCCUAUUAGUUUUUCUGGAGACGACGAUAAUAUAAUUGAAUUCCAAAAAAAUACCUUGCAAUUCAAAAAGGAACAAGAAGAGAGAUGGACAUCAUUUUUUUCGAAACAUUCAGUUGAUAUGGACUUGGAGUCUAUUCCAUCUGUUGGUAUAUAUGAAGUCCGAAAUGACUUCGAUUCAAAAAGCGAUGAGAACUCCUCAGUUGACCAAUCUGACGAAAUAAUUGAAUGCAAAAACAAUGUAGAAGUAGCAAAUGUGAGUAAAAAUAAUAGAAAAAAAGGGUUUCCUAAAAAAGUACCUACAGUCAUAAGGGUAAAUGAUGAAAAAACUGAUUCCUUACUUGAGCAGUCUGAAGAAAUAAUUAAAUCAGAAAGUCAUGAAGUACUUGAAAAUAUUGAAACCAUCAAGAAAAAUAAACUACCUAAAAUAGUUCCUAAAAAUAAAAUAAUAGGGUCAGAUAUAUUACCAGUCAAUGCAAUUGAAAAAAGCAAUACAAACUUUAUUGUCGAACAAUCGAAAAGAAUCAUUGAAACUGAAAGCAAUGACGGAGAAAAUGUAGGAAAAAAGAACAAUAAAAAGGAGGUCUGUCAAAUGAUAUCUACAGUUACAAAUAGUUAUUCUAAAGGAUGUGGAUAUCAAUUAAAAUUAUCAGAUAAUAUGUCACAAAUAGUAAUCCAAAAAGUGCUGGUAAAUUUUAUUGAAGGUGAAUUGAAAAGUAGAUUAGGAUAUUAUUUUGUUUUCUUAUAUAGCUCUUGCAUACAAAGAGACAAAAAUCAGGGCCUAUGGAGAGAUGUAUUUGUGAAGGAGCUUAUUAAGGUGGGAAAAAAAGUGAAUAACAAGGACAUUCUUACAUACAUACAAAGAAUUUUUGAUCCUGCUAAACCUAUAAAUUCUAAAGCUCUUAUUGAUACAGUAGAAAAUAAAUAUAAAAGUGAACUAAGAUCAUAUUUUGAAAGAGCAUAUGAUAGUGAUCAUUCUUCUGAUGAGGAAAUUUGGAAUAAGAUACAUUUGGAAUGGAAUAGAUUGAAUAAAAAUAUUCCUGAAAAAUGUCUUUGUAUAUAUCAUAGACAACUAUUUGGUCCUAUUUCAAUCAUUAAUUCUUAAUUUUUAUUGAUGUUGUAAUGGAUGCUUAUAAAUGUUGAAAGAGUAAUACAAACACAUUUAUCUGAAGCAAGUGAUGAAAAUUGAAAACGACUUCUUCCUAGUGAAGAUCAUAAUGAAGAAAGAAAGUUGAAGGCCUAAACUGUUUUAUAAUGUUUACUUGGGUCCAUCAAGUGGAGUUGAGUAUAUUCAAUAUCAAUAUCAAAUAUAUCAAAUAUGGAACUUAUGUUUAUUUUGUAAAAAUUCAGUGUAUAAUGUCUCAUUUUUUUAUGUUUUCCUAAUAAAACUUCAUUUUUUAA